AUCAAAGCCACAUACCUCCACACCGAGGUAGAACACUCAAGUGUUCUUCACCGCCGCGUCCCGUUAUUCGACCAGUCUUCCGAAGAAACCGCGCCGCGCACCGUCCAGGUGCUGCCAAAACGAAGAAAAGUCGCGAAAAAGUCGGGAAAAGUGCCCUGUGAAGAAAGCAGAGCCGUCUCUACCGAAAAAAGAAAGUUUCGUUGCAGUUCUAGUGCAGUGACGGACUCCAGCGGCUCCGUUCCGGAUGACCUAAAUACCCUCCUUGACACCGUGUCACGCUUAUUGUUCGCACCGGAUCUCGCCUUGGGGGCGGCGAGGAAAUGCCCCUUGAAUCGCUGGGAUCGCGCGUUCGGGGGUUGAGCGAGAAGGAGUGAUGUGAUUGGUUUGAGACAACAUGGCUGCGUUUCUUGUGGUUCUGAUGGUGUUUGGGUGCUUCGUGGUUCAAGGAUUCGACGGAUACUCCAACUCGUUCAUCUCGCCCAAUUCCGCACAAGUGCCGCCACCGGUGGGGGACCAGCCGGACUCAGUGCGGACCUCCGCCCCCAUCGCCAUCCUCGUGACCUCCUCCCCCACCCCGUCCCCCGCCAAAAUCAAGCGGUCGGCCGACCCCAUCCUCUCCAAAACCUCCAACCUAGACCCCCUCCUCGGCUACAAGAACGUGGGGGAAUCGCUCGACACCAACGACGUCGAGCUCGUCAACAUCAAACCGUCCAGAACCGAGCACCACUACCACAGCAGCCGCGUGCACCAGACGGUCCUGUCGGGGGAAGGGCCGGGGGCUCCUCAAGGCCGGUCCUUGAAGGAGCCCCGGGAAAUCUCGCCGACUGCCACGCUGCCGGCGACUACUGCUACGUUGCUCCCGAAAGCACGACAAGCCAACCCUGAUAUCCAGGACAUCAUCACGGGAAUUGUUAAGCUUCUGAAUGGGAACGUGAACGUGCAGGCGAACACCGCUCCCGUGAUGGGGCGGCCGCUGAGGCCGCUUUCCACCAGGAUUAAUAACCGAGGUCCGCCGAGGAUCACGGACGUGCCGGCGCUGCCGCCGGAUUUUGAUAUACCGGCGCCGCCGCUGCCGCCGCCGCCGCCUCUAGGUCAGAAGCCGCCGCCAGUGCUGCCCACGAGGAUCGCCACGCCGUACCCGUUUGAUAUCCCGCCGCACAACACGUCGCCGAUUAAGAGACCGGGGGUGUACAGACCGGUGACGAUACCUCCGUGGAGGAGGAAGCCGCCGAACAGGAGACCCAUUCCGGUGUAUAAGCCCAUGCCGGCAGAAAGUAUUAGUCUGACGACGGAAAAACCAGUUCAUGAUAUUCUGACUUUGGAUUUGGGGUCGCAACUACAACCCACAGAGGAGGUUGACGAUGGCUACGAAGGUUACGAAGAAGUGAAGACUAAUGGUACCGACGCGUCGGAUGUGGAUAUCAUCGACUUUGAAAAAAAUAAGGAGAAGAGUACCUCGAAGAUGAAUAAGCAUACGUCGGUGGUGCCAUCAUCUACUGGGAAGACCGACUUAUACAAAACGUCUGUAGGGGUCAACGCGUCGGAACCAUCUACGUCUAUAUCUACGUCUACGACAGUCAACACACAAACUUCCACGUCCCCUUCCACAGUGGAAGUGGAAGUUUCGUCUUCGACUUCUAAGUCGUCGACGAUAUCGUCAUCCAUUAAACCAACUUCCACGUUUAAAUCAACGACUUCAACAAGCACCAGUUCUGUUAAUAUUUCUGCUACGACUUCAACACCACUGGUCAAUGUUUCCUCUGCAAUAGAACACAAAGGAGAAGCCACACCCAUUCUAGAAUCUUCCAUACAAGAAGUCCUGCAAACCCUCAAGGAAGAUUUAUUGUCUACGACCCCUCUGACGAGCACCCCCACUGAACAACUGCCAAAAAUAUCCACCACACCCACCAACACUGUGACGACGGCCAGCUUGCAGACAAACUUGGCUUCCGCUCCAGACAACAAAACCUCCAGCCAAGGCUUCCCCUACUACCCCUACCGCCCCCGGCCCGGCAUCGUCCUCGACGACACCGAGUACAAGCCCGGCGGCAGCCACCGCCAACCCAUCAUGACCCGCCCCCCCAUCGGCCAGCUCGGCGACAUCUUCGACAUCACCGUGUCCGCCAUCCAAGGACCCGGAGGCUCGUCCACAAGCCACGUCAAACCCUACAUCGUCCCCGGCCACAACGACGACGUCAUCACCAGCCCCAUCGGCGCCGAGGGCUUCGUUUCCAUCGACGGCAAGCGCACCUACUUGAACCUCUUCGGGGACGGCAACGCGCCUUCCACGUCUGCGGCUCCCGUGAUCAAACCUAGUGCUCCCUCUAACAACCAGGUGACCGGGACGGGGUACGCGGUGGUCGACAACGAGAAGCACAAGCAGAACCUGGGGUCGGUGAAGCCCACGCAGAGGAGACCGAUUUAUGGGAGACCCAGACCCAGUCAGCCGCCGGUGCGCAUCGACACUUGCAUCGUUGGGGAUGACUCCACUUGCGACGGGUCGCAGCACGAGGUGUGCAGAACCGAGGCUGGGGUUAGCGCUUGUCAUUGCAGGCCGGGGCAUGCUCGGAGGAAGCACAGGGAGCCGUGUAGGAAGAUCGUGUCGGUGUUGUUGUCUUUGAGGGUGGAUAGGUUGUAUGAGAGGAGGAUCGUGUGGGCUAACGAGCUGGGGGAUAAGAGUAGUGAUAGUUAUCAGCAGUUGGCGUACGAAGCGGAGCGAGCUUUGGACUCUGCCAUGUCGAUGACUCCUUUCAGCGACGAAUUCCUGGGUGCCAAAGUCAAUAGUAUUUACCGAGGCGAACGAUCAGCGGGUCAACCUGGAGUCUUCGUCAAUUUGACUCUCCAGUUGGACGAAAACGCAGAAACUUCCAGAUCGUCGGUUCGAGGCGACAUCCAGAAGCACCUCCUGGGUGUGAUUCAACGACGGAGCAACAAUGUUGGCAAUAGUGCUUUAUGGGUGGACAGUCCCCCAGGCUCCAUCUCCAAUUUGCAAGACUUGGAUGAGUGCUCAUCACCGGAACUCCACGAUUGUCACUCUUUGGCUAGAUGUAUCAACAUUUUCGGGGGUUUUAGGUGUGAGUGUGGCGACGGCUACAGAGACCUAUGGGCGGACAGCAAGCACAGAGCUGGGAGGCAGUGCGAACAGUGCUCCCCGCAACACUGCAACAACCGGGGGGAGUGUAAAUACCAAAACGGACAAGAAGUCUGCGUGUGUUCCGGGAACUACUACGGCGCUCAGUGCGAACUCGACGGCGAGGUCCUCGGGGUGGCCAUCGGGGCCAGCGUGGCCGCCGUCAUCAUCAUCGGGCUAACCCUAGUCUGCCUGGUCAUGUGGAGCCGCCGGUGGAGCCGCGAGCAGAAAGCCGCCGUCGGCAGCCCCGUCUUCGGCUACAUGGCCACCGCCAGCAACACGGUCAAAGCCCCCGUGGUGGGGGCGCCCCCGUACCAGCUCACUCUGGAGGACCGGCUGCGAUGGGCCCAGAUCGCGGACGUGAUGGCCCAAGCUAAUCAUUACGCGCCUGAACCCGUCACCGCGCCAACACGCCCAUCGAGUGCCAUGUUUGGUUACCCUAAUUUGGGUGGGACCAUGCAGCAUGGGUCGAUGCAUGGGACGCUGCCGCCCGUGCCUCUGCCGAGACUCAAUUUGCAGGCGCAGAUGGCCGGGAGGGCCGCGAGUGUCCACGGGAUGAGGCCUCUGGAUAAUUCGAGUUCGAGCGACGAGGAGGAUAAGGCGGAUUUGCUCGGGAGGAACUUCCAGGUGCCCAGGCCCAAGAGUAGGAGCAACGCUUCGAUAGCCAACCAAAGCGGGAUUUACUACGACGUGGACUACGACCAAAACGAUAUGUACAAACAGUCGGGAGGGAUCCCUCUGAGUACCUACAGCGUGGGGAGACCUUCGUACUACAGAAACUGACGACUCCAAGCUUGUGUUCUUGUAAAUACUGCGAGUGUGAGAGUUCUAGACGAGUUCAAGCCCUGUAUUUAUACUAGGUUAAGUGAAAUCAGACUAUCAUGGUAUUAUUUUAUCCUUGUCAGUUAAGCGAAACAAAAGGCAAUUUCUUAGACUAGAGUGUAUUUAGCCAGUGUUUUUGUACAUACCAAAAAUGCUCCUAUCGUUACAAAUACUUGACUUUUUAUAUUUUGUGUAAUUAACAAAUAAAGUACCCGAGUAAGCAGA